GCCGAGGAGCUGGUUGAGGUGAGGCCGUUUGAGCCGGACAGCUCUACGGGGAUGAAUCUAGUCGGUGCCUGUGUAAGCCACGGUGGCCAUGCCGCAGGAGCUGGCCUUGUGCUCGAGCCGAAACCACAUAAUCGAGCUCCAUACGUGUUGCUCGCCAACAUGCUCGCUAACUGCUAGAGGAACUACGUCAUGAGAUCAAACGAUCUCUCGCUUUUGUUUUCUGGAAAGGGAUACGAAGAACCGUGGUGUUGCAAGAGGCUCUUUUCAGAAGGUGUUACUUCGAAGUCGCGAGAAACAAGAAAGCCUAACAAAAUCAUCGAUCGCCUUGAUCAUUCUACGUAAAAGGGAUUCUUUGUCUAGGUUAUCUAUGGCGCUUGAGGCCUGCGCCAGCAUGGCGGUCUCGUUUGUGCCUGCUCGCAAUGUUGGUCCUCUUCUUCCACAGGAGAAAACGCGUGUGCUCUCACGCCAGCGCUUCCGGAUUCGUGGGUUGAGUGCUGCGAGUGAGCAGCCGGAUGUUCCUCCCAGCACACACGUCCAAGAAAACCAGUUGCCAGGCGGAGGUGAGAAUUUUGGAUCGCCCAAGAGCUUGCUAGCAUCAAUCCUCUCACGAAAUGACGACCUCAAGAGCCAACUGAGGAGAUAUGGAACCGCUGGGAUACUUUCUUACGGCGUUUUCAACACCAUGUACUACCUAGGAACGUUUCUCUUCUUCUGGUUCUAUGUGGCUCCAUCACCAGGAGGCCUUGGCCAUGCCGCUGCUGCUCAAAGGUUUGUCCGUGUGUACUUUCCACUCGUUUUGAUCGCGAGAGUUCGAGCUUUGUUACAUGUAUCACAGGUUUGUGAAGCUCUUUGCGAUGGUGUGGGCAGGCAGUCAAGUGACGAAACUUUUGCGUGCUGCAGCCGCUCUGGCUCUGGCCCCGCUCGUGGACAAGUGUCUCAACUGGUUUACAAGCACGCUCCACUUCGAAUCGAGGGAAAAGGCGUUUGGAACUCUAGUAGCCGGCUGCUUUGCUCUGGCUUUGCUCGUCUUCGUUGUCAUCACAAGCUUAUGGGCGUGACUCCAAUAGAGCAGAACAGGCUUUUGUCCAAACAGGCACUGAAAAAUUUCUUUAUACAUGAGUAACUCCGGCAGUGCUUGUGGGACUCUA